CCCGCGCGGCGAGUCGUCAGCACCAGGGACAGCUCCCGGGCGGCACAGCAGCCCCCGACGACGAGGGCGCGCGCGGGACAGCGGUGCGCGCUCCCCGACCUGCUCGGACGCGCGCCUCCCCGCCUGCGCGCCCCGCGCCGGGGACUGGGCUGGAGCCGCGCGCUGCUCGCGGGGAGCCUGCCCGGGUGUUCGGAGCCGCGGGCGCAGCCGGAGCUGGCAGGGGGCUCCCGCUGGGCACACGCUCGUCCCCGCCGGCCUCCGGGACCCCCACAGCGCCCGCCUCGCCCGUCCGCCCAGCCGGCGCCGCAGCCCUGCCCGGGGCAUGAGCCGCCGUUUCUAGCGGUUCGCUGCCUGGGACCGAAGCCGGACGCCCCGUCACGUGCACCCAAGUCCUCGCGGCCGGGGCAGCACCGUUCCCAUGGUUGAAGGCUGUUGAUGGAGAAGGGGGCGGAUGACAGCCGGGACCGUGGUCAUCACCGGGGGCAUUUUGGCGACUGUGAUUCUGCUGUGCAUCAUCGCCGUUCUGUGCUACUGCCGGCUGCAGUACUACUGCUGCAGGAAGGAGGGGUCUGAGGAGGACGAGGAGGAGCCGGACUUCGACCCGCACCCGGGCCUGCCGCCGCUGCACUCCAACCGCAACCUGGUGCUGACCAACGGGCCCGCGCUCUACCCCGCCGCCGCCUUCGGCCAGAAGUCCCCGCAGGCCCGUGCCCUCUGCCGCAGCUGCUCCCACUUCGAGCCGCCCACCUUCUUCCUGCAGGAGCCCGAGGACGAGGGCGUGCGCAACGGCGGCGAGCGCGUGGCCUACAGGGCCAUCAGCCAGGAGGACAUGGAGCUGCCGCCCGCCGCCUUCGGGGGCCUGCAGCCGCUCAACCCCAACCGCCUCUCGGCCAUGCGGGAGGCCUUCGCGCGGAGCCGCAGCAUCAGCACCGACGUCUGAGCCGCCCCUCUCCCCGCCCCUCCA